CCAACUCACCUGCACCCAUACUAGCUUUAUCACAACUACGCACGAAGACACCCACCAUGUCUAACCCGUCCCUCUACGGCCAACCCCGAAACAAAAAGUCAUCCCAAUCCGACCUCCCCUCCGCUUCCACCCUCGCCUUCACCAGUACCCUCACCUCCCUCAUCUCCAAAGACGACUCAACCCGCGGCGCCGGCCGUCCCCGACCCUCCAAAGCCCCCAAAUCCGACCUCUUCAGCCGCCCCAAUAAAGGCGCGCAGAAACGCGCUGCCGCUGAUCUUCGCGAUAAUGGCAACACCGCCUUUCAGCAGAAGCACCAGCGCACGGAGGACAUCGGAGCUGUGGACGCCGCCACGCUGCACCGGUCCAAGCGGCGGAUGGAGGAGAAGGUGCGGAUGUACGAUGACUUGAAGCGGGGGCUUUAUCUGGCGGGAGAUAGUGAUGAGGAGGGAGGGUCUGGACCGCAGGAUGCGUAUCUCGCGCGAUUGCGGCGGAGGGAGAAGGAAGGGUUGGUGGAUUUUGAUCAAAAGUGGAGAAAGUCAGGGGGCGAAGAUGAAGAUGAAGAGGAAGGGGAAGGGGAUGAUGAUAAUGCGUCGAUCAUCUCCUACGAGGAUGAACUGGGACGGUCGCGGCGCGGCACUCGAUCCGAGGCUGCGCGGGCGGCGGCACUGAAGGAGCAGGAGGACCCACGGGGAAAUACUGAGCGGUGGCGUCCGGCGCGUCCGGAGAACCUGAUCUACGGCGAGACAGUGCAGUCGGAGGCGUUUAAUCCAGACGCGGCGGUUGCGUCGCAGAUGUCGUAUCUGGCUGCGCGGCGGGAUCGGUCGCCGACGCCGCCGGAGGAGAUGCAUUAUGAUGCUGAUGCGGAAGUGCGGAAUCGGGGAACGGGGUUCUAUGCUUUCUCAAAGGAUGAGAAGGUGCGAAAGCAGCAGAUGGAGGAGUUGCUGAAUGCGCGGGACGAAACGCAGCGAGAGCGAGAUGCCAGGCGGGAGAGACGGGCGGAGCGUGAGCGGCUGAGAGACGAACGGAGGAAGAAGGUCGAUGAAUUGCGGGCUAAAAGACGCGCGGAGAUGUUUCUUGCCGGUCUCGGGGAUGUGAAUGUUCUGGCAGAAGGUAGUGGCUAAGGGCGCGUUUCCUUUUUUUUCUGGUUUUGUUAUGACGCGAGAUACCCCUGAUGAUAUAUUAUACUAAUGAGUUUAUUUGUUUUGGAAUGAAUGAUGCAC